GCGGGGGGGGGGCGUCCGGAGCUGGCAGCCUGCUCAGGAUAUUCCCUGGAAGGAGUAAUGGCUGGCGAGGAGUGACAGAGGGGAAGUUGAGAGUGCGACACACUCAGACCCGGGGAGCCUGAGACUCUGAGUGCCGCCGCUGCCAUGGAGUCAAGCACCCAGGCUCUGGAACUGUUGGGGCUGCUGCUGUGCGGGGGGGCCUGGCUGUGUUCGCUGGCCACCACGCUGAUGUCCUGCUGGCUGACGCUGUCCACCGAGCUGCUGGCCACCGAGACCUACGAACUGGGGCUGUGGCAGACCUGCGUGGUGCAGGAGCUGGGCGUGCUGGAGUGCCGGCCGUACGACGGCCUGCUGGGCCUUCCUCCCGACAUCCAGCUGGCCCGCAUCCUCAUGUGCGUGGCGCUGGCCGCUGGGCUGCUGGCGCUGCUGCUGGCCAUCCCUGGCAUGCACGCCAUCAACAGCUGCCACGGCCAGGUGCAGGACCGUCGCUGCAAGAGGGCGCUAAAGAUGACUGGGGGGGCGCUGAGCGUGGUAGCCGGGAUCCUGGGGCUGGUCCCGGUGUCCUACAUCGCCCACCUCACGGUCGUACGCUUCUUCGACGAGUCGGUGCCCGAGGUGCUGCCGCGUUGGGAGUUUGGAGACGCUCUGUUCUGUGGCUGGACAGCGGGAGUUCUUCACCUGGUGGCCGGAACGCUGCUGCUGACUUCCUGUUUGUGUUUGCAGAAGGAAGACUGUAACACACCUGGCCACGUCCCCCUGGUGAGGGUGGGGGUGCAGCCGGGACGACCCCCCAUCAGGACCAAAUCUGUGUACGUCUGAGACCACGUCCCAUCAGUCCACUUCAAAAUCUUCUCCAAUUUUAUUAUGUCACCUGGGUCAGUGGCAUCAGAGAAAACAGCCGCAGUAAAAAGGUUUGCUGAAUAAAGAACUCAGAAGUACAUUUAGGACAUUUAGAGAGGAAAAACUUUGUUCAAACAAAGAAAACAUUCCAUUUUCAUAAAACAAAUUCAGGCUUCCGUUGCUCCGAAGUGCAAAAGUGACAACAGAGAAUAAAAAGGUUUGUUUUCUCAAUGAAGUUCUGAAUCACAGAGUUUUGGAAGCUCGAUGAUAAAAGGGUCUAUUUUAAGAUCAUUAUUAAACCUUAAUUAAACCUUUUCACAGACAAAACAUAGCAAAUGUGAGUAAAAAUAGAUUCCAAAUUACAACUGCAAAGAUGAAUGGAUGAAGUUAUCAACUAUUAAAUUAAUCUCCAACUAUUUGGAUAAUCGAUUAAUCCGUUUGAGUAAUUUUUUAUGGAGAACAGUGAAACUUGUGGGAUGUUAGCUUGUUAAAUGUGAAUAUUUUCUAGUUUCUUCUCUCCUCUGUGACAGUAAACAUUGAGUUGUGGACAAAACGAGACAUUUGAGGACAUAAGAGUCUAACCUCUGAAUCAGAACUGCUUUGAGAAAACAAGCCUUUUUAUUGGACUGAUAUGCUUUUGAUGCUCCAAUUUUUGGAGCAUCAAAAUAAAUACUGUUUGUUUAUAUGUUGUUUGUGAGUUUGUUUGUGAUGAAGCCCUGUUUUGGUCUGAUUUCCUCCAAACCCAUCCGGACACUGUUUAGUGACUGUGGAAACUUUGAGAUUUAAAGUUUUGCGGGUUUAAACAAAGUUUACACUCUUUUCAAACAUGUUUCAAACAGUUUAAACCUCAAACUUUGGAAUAAUGUCACAGGUUUAACAUUGUAUAUGAGCCCAUAAAUAUAUCUCAGUUUUUAAUCAUUCAGAUGUUUGUUUUUUUCUGGAACCAAAGAGACAAAAUGUGCUGCUGUUUCCUCUUUUAUUGCUUCUGUCGCUGCAAUAAUAACUUCAGCAAUAAAUCAAAUCAACAAACAAGUCAUCUUUUAUGUUUUUGUAGAAAUAACAUUUCUGACCUUCAGCAGGAAGAAAUGACUGAUUAUGAAAAAUGAUUACGAGUUAUCGACAUUAUUUUCACUCAGUCAUCAACAGGCUGGAAAACGAUUCAUAGGUUUAAUUUGGAGAAAAAUAUGUCCAUCUGCAGUUACACACAAAAGGUGGUUUCAUGAUUAAAAAGAGAAGAAGCUGCUUCACCUUCAAUCAUUAUUAUGAUUAUGAUUAUGAUGCUUUGAAUGAGGCUAUAGUUCGGAUUGUGAAUAAAUAUGCUACAGAAUAAAAAUAAACUGAC